AUGAACCCUCCAAAUCCUUUCAGUGGGCAGCAGCCUGGAGUGUUUUCAACAACUUCCAGCAGUUCCUUAGGAGCAUUUAAUGCCAACCCACCAUUCCGAUUUGGUCAGCCUUCUCUUUUUGGACAAAGCAAUACAGUACUUGGGCAAAGUUCAGGAUUUUCACAAGUGUCAAGCUUUCCAGCAUCUUCUGGAGUAAGUCAUUCUUCUUCAGUGCAAGCAUUAGGAUUUUCCCAAACACCAAGUGUUGGACUCUUUUCUGGACAUGAACCCACUUCCACCUUUGUAGCUACCUCUGGGCCUUCAAGUUCAUCUAUGCCAGGAAACCCAGGAUUUAAUUUUAAAUCACCCACCAACCUUGGGGUUUUCCCAAGUACUUCUCAUUUUGGACCAGAAGCUGGAGAAAGAGCAAGCUCUGGCUUUGGAAAAACAGAAUUCAGCUUUAAGCCUCUGGAAAAUGCAGUGUUCAGACCAAUACUGGGGGCUGAAUCUGAGCCAGAGAAAACUCAGAGCCAAAUUCCUUCUGGAGGUUUUACAUUUUCCCACCCAAUUAGUAGUGGAUCUGGGGGACUGGCCUCUUUUUCUUUUCCUCAAGUGACAAGUAACUCAUCUACCAAAUCAAAAUUCACCUUUUCAAAGCCAGUUAUUAGUAGUAAUUCCUCAUCUGCUUUUGCACCUGCUUUGUCAAACCAAAAUGUAGAGGAAGAGAAGAGAGCCCCUAAAUCACUGUUUGGAAGUUCUAAUAGUAGCUUCACUAGCUUCCCCAUAUCAUCUUCAGGGUCUUUAGGUGACUCCUUUGCAGGAGGCAAAAUAGGUGUCAGACAAGGGUGCCAAGAAGCUGUCUCACAGAUGGACCCACUUCCCAGUCUUACGAAAGGACUGAAAAGGAAGGAGGACCAGGACCGCUCCCCAAGGAGACAUGACCGGGACACAGUGGAAGACUUGGAUCCUCUGUCCCGGGGUGACCACCCUCCAGAUAAGCGGCCUGUUCGCCUGAACCGGCCCCGGGGAGGCACUUUGUUUGAUCGAACCUUACAGGAUGUCUUGAAGAGCAAUAAAGAAAUAAGUCGACUGGGUAACAAAGAACCUAAAAAGGAAAUUGGCUGUGUUGAGUAUGAGGAAAAGGACCACAUGGCCAUGCCAGGAGGGAGUCCGUCUGUUUUGGCGCUUUCUAGGCAUUCCGGUGUGAAUAAAGAAGAAGAAACUGAAGGUAGAAAUAAAAAAGAAGAUUCUCUGAGACUUGGAACACCUGUGCGUCAGAGUAAAAGAAGUGAGAACACCGACAGCCUUGGGGGUUUGUCUCCCACUGAAUUGACGGCCAUCCAGUGUAAGAAUGUACCUGAUUAUCUCAAUGACAGAACCAUUUUGGAGAACCACUUUAGCAAAAUUGCCAAAGUGCAGCGUGUCUAUACCAGGCGCAGCAAAAAGCUUGCUGUAGUAUGUUUUUUUGAUCAUGCAUCCGCAGCCCAGGCGAGGAAGAAGGGGAAAGGACUGCAUAAAGACAUGGCUAUCUUCUGGCAUAAGAAGAAAAUCAGUCCCAACAAGAAGCCCUUUGUCCUCAAGGAGAAGCAGCCAGCUGACAGUGAAGCCAAACUGGUCUGUGAAGACACAUCCUCCCACACCUCUCUGCGUAAGCCUGUGGGCAGAGUGGCAGCCAGCAGUAGCCUCCUGAGUAAAACCUCUCCCGUAAAGAAGCCAAGUCUCCUAAAGGCCCCUCAGUUUGAGGCAGACCCUUUUGAUUCUGGCUGUGAGAACUCUGAAGGUCUCGGGCCCUGCAUGUCCUCCCUCAGCACUCUGUUGGGCACCGUGGCCGAGACCUCUGAGGAGAAGUACCGCCUACUGGACCAGAGGGAUAGGAUCAUGCGGCAAGCUCGAGUGAGGAGGACCGACCUGGACAAAGCGAGGACUUUCGUUGGGACAUGCCCAGACAUGUGUCCUGAGAAAGAGCGGUACAUGCGGGAGACCAGGAGCCAGCUGAGCGUGUUUGAAGUGAUCCCUGGGACAGACCAGGUGGACCAUGCGGCAGCUGUGAAGGAGUACAGUCGGUCCUCAGCCGAUCAGGAGGAGCCCCUGCCGCAUGAGCUGCGGCCCUCAGCAGUGCUCAGCAGGACCAUGGACUACUUGGUGACCCAGAUCAUGGACCAGAAGGAGGGCAGCCUGCGCGACUGGUACGACUUCGUGUGGAACCGGACACGGGGCAUUCGGAAGGACAUCACGCAGCAGCACCUAUGUGACCCCCUGACGGUGUCCCUGAUUGAGAAAUGUAUGAGAUUCCACAUCCAUUGUGCUCACUUCAUGUGUGAGGAGCCCAUGUCCUCCUUCGAUGCCAAGAUCAACAAUGAGAACAUGACCAAAUGCCUCCAGAGUUUGAAGGAGAUGUACCAAGACCUGAGGAACAAAAGCAUUUCCUGUAUUGGUGAGGCAGAGUUCCAGGGCUAUAACGUGCUGCUCAAUCUCAACAAAGGGGACAUCCUGAGAGAAGUGCAACAGUUUCCUCCUGCUGUUAGAAACUCCUCCGAGGUGAAAUUUGCCGUUCAGGCCUUUGUUGCGCUGAAUAGUAACAACUUCGUGAGAUUUUUCAAACUGGUCCAGUCUGCCUCUUACCUGAAUGCCUGUCUUUUACAUUGUUACUUUAAUCAGAUCCGCAAAGACGCGCUCAGGGCCCUCAAUAUGGCCUACACGGUGAGCACACAGCGGUCCACUGCUUUCCCCCUGGACAGUGUGGUGCGCAUGCUGCUCUUCCAAGACAGUGAUGAAGCGGUUGACUUCCUCAGCUACCAUGGCCUGGCUGCUUCUGAUGGCUGUGUUGAGCUGAACCGGUCGGUGUUCCUGGAACCAGAGGGCUUGUCCAAAGCCAAGAAGUCUGUGUUCAUCACCCAGAAGCUGAUGGUAUCAGUCGGGGAGAUUGUGAAUGGGGGACCGCUGCCCCCUACCCCCUGCCACACACCUGUGUGCAGCUUCAAUUCCCAGAACAAGUAUGUUGGAGAGAGUCUGGCUACAGAGCCGACCACUGGCCUCCAGAGACCUGGCGCAGAGACUACCAGUGGUGGGAGAGGUGAGGAACGCCACACAGAGUCCACUGUGCCCUCUCCAGGGCUGUUUCCGCAGUCCCUGGCCCACAUGUCCUUGCCAGGAUCUCUGCCUCAUCUCCCAGCUCCAUCUGCAGCUGUGGCACCCAGCCUCUUCCAUCCCCCCAUGCAGCCGGAGCUCCUCCCACCGAGGCUGGCACCCGUGUACUCUGACGCGGACAUUGCUCAGGUGGUGGACGAGAUCAUCCAGGAGGCCCUCCAGAGGGACUUUCAGGAGGUUGGCGCCAUCGGGGCCGCGUAUGCAGCCACAGCCAUGGGCAUGUCUUUUCUGGCUGCGGAGGAGCUCCUGGCAGCUGCCACUGAGGGCAUCCUGAGGGCUGCUGCAGUUGAGGGUGUGAGUGAGGUGCAGGCAGAGGAGGAACAGCGACGGGCAGAGGAGGAGAGGUUGAAACAGGAGAGAGAGCUGGCUUUAACUCAGCUGAGCCAGGGCCUGGCUGCAGAGCUGACGGAGUUAGCGGUGGCAGAAUGUAUCAACGAGACUGCUGCCCAGGAGCUGAAAUGUGCAGUAGAAUCUGACCAGCGGGCUCGUCUGGACCGCUGCUGUGAGGAUGUCUGUGCCCAUUUGGUGAACUUAUUCUUGGAGCAGGAAACUUUUCAGACAGCAAAGGAGACCCUUCAGGAGCUUCAGUGCUUCUGCAGGUAUCUAAAGAGGUGGAGGGAUGCUGUUGCCGCCAGAAAGAAGCUGAGACGCCAGAUGCGGGCCUUCCCUGCAGCCCCCUGUGGUGUGGACAUGGCCAACCGACUGAGAUCACUGGCCCCAAGUGCUGAGUGCACCAUUACUGCAGAGAACCUGGCCCGGGGCCUCCUGAACCUGGGCCACGCGGGCAAGCUGGGUGUCUCCUGUACCAGACUGAGGCAGCUCAGGGACACUGCUGCUCACCGCAUGAAGGUCCAGCAUUUCUACCAACAGCUGCUGAGGGAUGUGGCAUGGGCACCCUUGGACCUGCCUACCCUUGUGGCCGAGCACCUUCCUAGAUGGAGGGAGCACGUGUUCUGGAAGCUGGUAUUGGUGCUACCCGAUGGAGAAGAGUUGUCCCCAGAGAGUCCCAGCAGAAUGCUAGCAAAUUGGUUGACGGUCAAGUUCAUGGGAGACGGAGGCCUGGCAGACGGUGUGGGUGGCGAUGCUGGCGGAAUACAGACGCUUGCUCUGACAAGUGCUCUCAGCAAUAGAGGGGACCGGAUGGUGUCUGUCAGUAUGUGCGUGAAGGUGGCUCGUGGUACCCUCAGUGACCAUGCCCUUGAUGCUGUGGAGAUGCAGAAGGACCUCCUUGGUUCCAGUGGGUUGCUGCUACUGCUGCCCCCUCGAGUGUGGAGUGAGGACGGGGCCAAGGAAAACGUGUACUGGCUCUCGACCCUGCUGCAGCUUAAGCAACUCUUGCAGGCCAAGCCCUUCCAGCCUGCGGUCCCACUGGCUGUUCUUGCGCCUAGCCUGGGCGGGGACACUGUUGAGAAAGACGUGGAGGAUGGCCUGAUGCUGCAGGAUUUGAUGUCAGCAAAGCUGAUCUCAGACUACACUGUUAUUGAGAUUCCAGAUUCCAUCAGUGACUUAAGAGGCACAGCUAAGGUUUCGCAGGCGGUGCAGUGGCUGGUUUCUCGCUGCCCCAGUGCCCUGGACCUCUGUUGCCAGACGCUCACCCAGUACAUAGAGGAUGGGAUUGCCCAGGAGUUCAGUGGUCGGUUCUUCCAUGACCGGCGAGAGCGGAGGCUGGCCGGCCUGCCCUCGCAGGAGCCUGGAGCCAUCAUUGAGCUCUUCAAUAGUGUGCUGUACUUCCUUGCCACUGUGGCCUCCUUCGAGCAGCUCUGUGACCUGUCCUGGCCCAUCACUGAGUUUGCUGAGGUUGGGGGCAGCCGGCUGUUGCCUCACCUACACUGGAACAGCCCGGAGCACCUGGCCUGGCUAAAGCAGGCAGUGCUUGCCUUUCAGAUCCCUCAGCUGGACCUCCCGCCAUCUGGAGCACCUUGGGCUCCCGUCUGCACCAUGAUCCUCCAGUAUGCAUCACAGAUCUCCAGCUCUUGCCAGACACAGCCUGUCCUCCAGUCUCAGGUGGAGAGCCUGCUUGGCAGGACCUACAACAGGUGGAGGAGCCAGAACUCCACGCUUGCUGGGGUAUCGGGACCUUCAGUUGCUGACAUCCCAUGGGAUGACUUCCUUGCCUUGUGCAUCAAUCAUAAGCUACGGGACUGGGCACCCCCCCGGCUCCCUGUCUCCUCAGAGGCACUGAGUGAAGAUGGUCAGAUAUGUGUAUAUUUUUUAAAAAACCAUUUGAAAAGCUAUGAAGUUCCUUUGUCAUGGGAACAAGCCAGAAUCCAGACACAGAAGGAGCUACAGUGGAAUCAGAAACGCUUGGGGAUCAAGUCUCUCCAUCCUUCUGCUAACCAGUUCCCUGCUACGUUACUUCACGUCCAUCUGAACAAGAAAAGGAACGCUGUGGCUGGCCAGGUUGGGGGCAUCCCCAGCACAGAGGACUUGAUCUGUGGUGCUUCAGCUGGAGAGCGCCUCUCGCAGUGCCUGUCUAGCAGCCUCCUGCUAGAGAAGGAGGAGAACAGGAGAUUUGAAGAUCAGCUUCAGCAGUGGUUGUCUGAAGACUCAGAAACACUUACAGAUUCAACUUCCCUGCCCCUCUACCUUCCUCAGACUCUCGUGUCUGUGCCUCAAAGUAUCCAACAAAUGAAAAUGUCUAUAACCACCAGCCCACAGAUCAGAAGAGAAGAUAUAGUAAAAGAGCACCAGCAGCCAUCUGAAGUGAGGGGUGUGUCGCUGACUGAGCGGUUAAAACACCUGGAAAGGCUUAUCCGGAGCUCCAGGGAAGAGGAGGUCGCCUCGGAACUCCAUCUCUCUGCGCUGCUGGACAUGGUGGACAUUUGA